AGUUGAGGGUGUGAACUGUGGAACUCUUACGGUCAUUAGUAAUAGUGUAGCUGACAUGCUUCCUCUGGCUGAUCUUCAACACACAGAGCCAAACACCACACUCAACUAGAAUCCCCUGCUACUGGCCCUCCAAGCCUGACGACUCCACACGACUCAGCAGCUAGAGCCACCUCUCAGGUUUUGCAGUCUACUGCGUGUCCUGGUCGAGAUAGCACUCUGGCUGUCAAUAGGGAAGUUACAACAUGCACACAUGCACAUGCAUGACAGGGACGCAGGUGCUGGAUGGGGCCUUCACUGACCAGCCAGAUUACUCUCUGUCUACUAUCGGAAGUUUGUGUUGAUGACUAGUUUGAGGACCAGCUAUACCAUAUGUUCGUCUGUCCUCAGACCCAUUAGAGUGCAGCUAUGGGGAAUGUGAUGUGGGGACAGGGAGCUGGGAACAAAACUAAUUCAAACUGCCAUGACAGUUCAUUAAAGGCAGGAGAAGACGAGACGCUUGUCGUUCUCCAUGACUAUCCUUCUCCAGACAUCAGUGAGCCGAUCUUUAGGAUGGGAGAGAAGCUGAGGGUCUUGUCUCAGGAAGGCAACUGGUGGAGAGUUCGGUCUGUCCAAUCAGGAAGUGAAAACUACAUCCCUAACAACUAUAUUGCCAAAGUCUACCAUGGAUGGCUGUUUGAGGGAGUAGUGAGGCAGAAGGCAGAGGAAUUACUUAGUCUCCCUGAAAACAGAGUGGGUUCCUUCAUGAUUAGAGAGAGCACCCAGCAGAGAGGUGUCUACUCCAUGUCUGUAAAGCACAGAUCCAUCCAGCACUAUAAAAUCUUUCGCCUGGAGAACAGCUGGUACUAUAUCUCUCCUCGUCUGACUUUCCAGUGCUUGGAAGAGAUGGUAAACCACUACUCUGACUCUGCAGAUGGUCUGUGUUGUGUUCUCACUGGCCCGUGUCUGUCUGGGACUAUCAGCCCCAUAGACAUCACCUCUCAGCCACCCCUUGUAAGGAUGCGACACAACAACUUUGACUGGAGGAAAAUAGACAGGAAAGAUCUGAUCAGUGCAGGGGCUGCGCAGGGCCAGGAGAACAGGAAUGCCAUGGUGAGCUACGGUGUCAGAAACAGCAUGGCCUCUUACCUCUCUCUGGUCGGGGAUCAUGACCCAGGACAGCAGAAGAAGAACCGCAAGAAGAAGAGCAAAUCUGUCUGUGUGACAGACCACAGCAUCAGCCAUAUGGACUUGGAUGAGGACUAUGAUAUGUAGUGGCCUGGAUGGUGCAACACUUAGUUCUGCGAACCCCAGUACACAUAUAUAGCCUAGGCUAGUGGUUCCCUUUCAGUCAGUCAACUUCGGUACAACAUAUUACAGGGGAGUUGCACGCUCGCUUCUUCGGCUGAAGGAUGUACAAUCACGCCUGACAAGGCCAAUGAAAUCCACACCUCACUGGAAGUCCCACCUUCCACAGGUGAUAAACGUGAGGCUCAGAUUCAUUCCUUCAAUUUAAUACCACUCUUCACCGAGCCCAGGAACAGGCGGUGCUGGGCCAAACAGGUGUUGUACCUCAUUUCCCUCAUUCAGGGAACAGUAGUUAUGGUCAUAAUGUUACAUUUUCCUUCAGUCAGUCAACAUACUAUGGGGAAAUAUUAUCACAUCCAUGAGAUGCUGUAUGAGUAUAAGUGGCAAGUGUUUGAGCUCUGGUGCCAAGAUAAAGGGCUGGUUCAUUCUCCACUUUAAAAUUAUAUAUGGCCGCUAUCUCAGCACGUGGGAAUUGACUGAGCCUCACCAGGGGCUCACCCACUGGUGUUGCAGUUACUGAAAUGUGUACACCCUUCCUGUACUCAGUUCGCCCCGGGCGACUCUAAGAUGACCUUGUGUCCAAAUGUGGCCUUUGCCCUAAAAGUAAUGGCCAUGCCCUACAAGUCCUUAGCUUUUGAGGUGUUUCCCUUUUUGCCUCCUCCAUUUGCUUCUGAAGAGCAACAGAGGUUACAUGCCCUGUGUCUGGUGCAAGCUCUAUGCACAUACAUUGAACAACCUGGGUUUUCCGGUUGUGUGACCAGAUUUUUGUCUGUUUUGCUAAUCCAGCUCAGUUUCAGGGCACUUUGAGCAGUGUCUCUCCCACUGGAUUGUGGAGGCUAUCUCCUGCGAUAAAACAGCAAGGGACAAGGGUUACCUAGUGGAGUAUGCACCCACUCCACCAGGGGGCUGGCAGCAUUUUGGCCAUUGUGUAAAGGGUUGACUAUAGGAGAUAUUUGUGCUGCGGCGAGUUGGGCAUCACCACACACUUUUGUAAGGUUUUAUCACUUGGAUGUCACUUCUCCCAGUGUAGCCCACAGGGUGCUUACAGCUGGGACAGGGGAAAGUCACUAAGCGGGUCUUCCAGCGAGGUGCGGAUUUCAUUGGCUUUGUCAGGUGCAAUUGUCUAUACGUCAACAAAUGUCGAGAGAGUGAGACUCCCCCUUGUAUGUUGUACCUUGUUUCCCUCCUUCAGGGAAUAGUAGUUAUAGUCAUAACGUUACACUCUCAAACUUCUCCUCAGGGACCCCCAGACUUUCCAUGUAUUUGAUCUCUUCUAGAUGUCAUGACUGUCCUGAUCAGGUCAGGUUACAGGAGACCACAACCCUACAGAUUAUCUCUCAACCCCAACAGAGGAGGAGAGAUCUAGGGGUCUGAAGAUGUGGGGGUUUUAUGACCCCUCACACCCCUGGUAAAUCUCAGGUCACAGACAAAUUUCUUUGUCCUGUUACUAUGGAGAACCAGCCUCAUUAAACAUGAAAUAAAGGGACUUUGGAACAAUGGUUUCCGUCAGGCACAAUGGUGGUCAUGACGAUAGAUGGAAUAUGAAAAUGUAUGUCAUUUUUGUUUUGUUAUUAAAGGUUAAUAGAUUACGUUAUUACGAAAACAUUGUAACGUGAAGAGUUUUCCUAGUAUAUGUUUGAUGUUUAUACAUUGUACGUUGUAUGGAAAAUAUCCAAAUCAAAGAGAAUGUUUUGGGGAAGAUGAAAUGUGAAGUUAGUUGUCUAAAAUUGGGUUUGAGUAAAAUCUAGACCCUGCCCUCAUUAACUUGGUACGCCCAGAGAACUGCCCUAAAGUCUGUUACGCCCACUUCUGAGGUAUAAAACCUGUGAGUUUAGAAUUUACGGGAGACUACGUGACCCAAGCUGCAGCCAAGGUCUAAAACGUCAACAAACCCAGAAUGCAACACAAGUUUGAAGACAAAGAAAUCCUUUUCUACCCAAGCUACGGAUGUGUAGCUGUGUCUAAGCGGGUGAAUUCAAGCCGGACCCCCUUAGCAUCCAGUCCCAGCUAAUCAUGGUACCUAAAGGGUUUCAUUCCUAUGCUGUGAGCUCUGAGCUGCAGAGCUGUCUGUCCUCAGAAGACCCCUUCCAGGGUGAGGGAACAGACUCCUAAGCCAAAAGGACACUGACAUUGGGAGGACGAUCAGAGAGGUGUGCAGGAGAAGUGCGUCAUCGAGCAGCUGAACGGUCCCCUGAAUGGUCCACGCAGAGAAUCCUCGGAGGUCUACCCCACGUAAUUACAUCAUUAUAUUCUGACCCAUAAGAGCGGCAGUUUGGGGCAAGGCUAGGGUUAGAAUAAGCAUAGCUGACAAAUUCACCCAAAUGUAUAUUUCUCUCAUGUACUUUCUCUUUUUCUCUCUCUUUGAAAUCCCCAUUUUGGGUAACACGCGCCAUAGUGUGUUGGCCCGUUAUACUAAGUUCUAAUCAAUAGCCUAUAAUGUGUUUUGUCUAUGUGUAUCUUUUAUCAUAAUUUUAGCUUUUUAGUAAAUAAAUAUUAAACUAAGAUUGGUGUGGUACGAACUCAUUGGUGAGACCCGGGUCCGUGCAGAUUCACGGGCUAUACGACGUUCAGAACGAGAUUGUAAGAGGUAACUGGUUAAUUAGUGGCUGUUGUAAAAUCGAUAUUCUGAUAUUCUUUGAGUUAAUUUGGGAAAUAGAAACUCAAUAAAAACUUGUUUUCCCAUGGUACCCCAGGUUAAUGAGUUAAUAAUUGCUUGAUUCAGUUAAUCACGCAAUUAGAAACUUGUAAUCAUUCGAUGAGCAACAGUCGUCACAUUAACUAAAACAACGUAUCGACAUAGAGCUAGCACACCUGAUUAAACUUUUCAACUUAUCAACAUGCCCUUGACUAGGUGAAUCACGUGAGUUAGUUCAGGGCUACAACUAAAUUGUGAAACAUCUGGGGGUCCCAGAGGAGAGAUUUGAGAAGUGCUGGCAUGAGUUUGAAUCUGAACCACUGCCCUUCUGAACUAUUGCUAUCUUUCCUGUCUCCUCUUCACUGUCCUAUCUAAAUAACAUAAAGCACACAACAAAUAUGUUUAAAAGAAGGACUAAGAGACCAGCUACUCUAUUUAGGAUAUUAACAUCUGUUACGAGAUACUAUUUUUCCUCCAAAGCACACAUUUGUCCUUAUCUGAGCCUUUGAGAUUGAUCUGAGAAGGAAUUUCCCGUGGGGUAAAUCAACAAUGAAUUUGAAGUCCGUCUGGAAUCCAGAGCCCUGACCGAGUGUCCUGCCAGAGUACAAAACAUGUUAGCGCCAUGACAGUUGAUCGAUGUAAGACUUGAAGGCUAUAUUAUGGAUAUUUACUGUGUGUUAAUGUGUAAUUUAUGGAUGUGUGUGUCUGUCAGCAUGUCAAUGUCAAUUGUUUCAGUUUCAGAACCUUUAGCCUAACCCUUGCAAACUGAUUUCAGUUGAGUGUACAAGUUGCUCAUAUAAAUAAAAGUUAACUAUCAUAUAAUCUCGGCACCCAGAACCAAAUAUUGUGUGCGCUGGUCGGGCCAUCUAGUCUGUCACGAGAGACAUAACAUAAGGUUCAUUCUGGAAGGGAUAUGGGGAGUUAUGUCCAGAGAAGCCAUAAUAAGUUUAUAAAACAUCACGUUAGAAGAUGACUGCUGAGAAUAAUUUGUCCUCUUGAAUGUAUCCCAGGGCUUCAAGUAUGCACCAAAUUGAAUAGGAAUCAACAUAGCAUUCCUGAAUCCUAGCAAACAUUGGGGAAAACAGCACAGUGAAAAUACUCUGGUCUACCUUAUGAGUCUCAGUGUAUUGUGUCAUGUGCUGUUGUUGUCUCGCCAAUGCCUCAUGGCGGCCAUAUGCGAGGCUGAUAGGUUCAUUGGGACUGUGAAAGCUGCCCACUGGGUACACGACAUAUUUUCAACGUGGAUAAUUGGAUAAUAAUUUGGUAGAGACGUUGAUCAAUGAGAUUACAACCUAUAUUCACCCACUUAAAAAGACAACCAAAGGUUAGUUGAAUUUCCAAUGUGUUAUCACUCUGAUUUCAACCAUCUAAAAGCACAACCAAAUUCCAAUGGAAAAACAACAUCUGAUUUUUGGUUUAGUUUCACCCAAAUGUCUAUCAAAGCACAUUCAACCAUUUAAAAUCACAGCAAAAUUCAAAUGGCAAUACAAUGUCAGAUAUUUUGUUGAUUUAUACAACAGAUUACUGUGAUAUCACUGUACUUCAUCUACAGUAAUAGCAGAACCAUGUCCUGGAUUGCAGUAGAGAUUACAUUAAAAGUGCAUGCUGCAAGUGAUCAAUGACGUUUGAGAUUCUGCGCAGAUUUUUACCGCAAUUGUGAAGAUCUCCACAGACCUGCGAUGUCCUCUGCAUGCUAUGGUGAAGAUGCACGCUUUUUAUGAUUACGUAAGAAGAAAUGUAUAGUUAUAGUAAACUCCAAAUGUGGCCAUGGAUGUGUUACUCAACCAAACAUCAACAUUUAAAGGAGAUGUAUCUACUGCUUGGUUAGUUACAUUUGAGCCACUGGCUUAAUCCCAUUAUUUAACUUUUAUUUUUUGGUUGAGUUGGAGACGUUGAUGCACUUUAAACAAAGUUUGACUUGAAUUUGCCCAAUUCUUUAACUUUUUGGUGGAGAUGGAAACGUGAAUCCAACAUACACAUUUUUAAUUUGUAGACAAACUGGAAUUAAUGCCAGACUAAGUCAGUGGCACAGAUAUAGAACUAUAAAUGACCAUCCACUCAGCUUUCAAGUAGUUAGAAGAUCUAUUUCCCUGCUUUUGAAGGGGGAGCUGGCUAUUGUACUGGGAGACAACCAGCAAUUACAAUAGAUUUACAAUAUGCUGACUUCAAUCAUCUCCAAACUGCACGCAGAGACAUCAAAAUGGUAUAUGAAAAAAAACGACAUCUCAAAAUCUCGCAAUAUCCCUUUAAGUACUUCCUGUAUGGCUCUAUCUCUGUGUGUAACUCUGGUCAUAUAGAAGACAGCAAUGAUAACCAUGUCUGACAAUGCAAACUGUGUAGUCAUGUAAUUCUCUAAGGAGGAACCUUAUCCAUGCUGAUCAGAUUGCUAAAAAUGACUCAAUAAAGUUUGUACAGUGAACUUUUCCAGUAUAACCCAAAAUAGUUAUUUUAGACAUUGUUAAAAAGUUUACCAGCAACCUUAUGACUGUCUGUUUUUCCAUUUUC